AUGUUACCAUGUUGGUGUGACUGUAUAUAAAUCCAAACGGGGCAAAAAGGUGCAUCCCCGUAACCGGAUUGCUUACAUCAUGUCAAAAUUCUUCUCUCUGCUCCUCCUCCUCCUCUUCACGACAACCGCCACCUGUCUCCACCAACUCUCUACCCUAAACUCCUCCUCCUCACCGGCACCAUCUCCGUCAAAUCAAUCAUCACCACCACCGGCGCCGGAGUACAUGCAACAGCAACAACUAAAGAACAUAAUCGACGCCCUAAUCGGCGCCGGAGACUUCGCCGCCUGGGCCAACAUCCUCUUCAACCCAACUUCCAACUCAUCAAACAUCCCUCCAUCCACCACCGCCACCAUGUUCGUCCCCGGCAACGACGCCCUCUCCCGCCUCUCCGCCACCGCCACCGGCGCCUACUCUUUCGACCCCUUCAUAAUCCCCUACCACGUCCUCCCCCAACGCCUCACCUUCUCGGACCUCCAACAGUUCAAAACCCGAACCCGAAUCCCCACUCUUUUGCCCUCCAAAACCAUCCUUAUUACCAGCAAUGCCCCUGACAAUUUCACCAUUGAUGAUUCCUUGAUUGUACAACCGGAUAUCUAUACUAACGCCGCUGUGUGUGUGCAUGGGGUUGCCGAUGUUCUUGAUUAUAAAGUGUAUGGUGAUGCGGGUCAGCCUCCGCCGAGUUUUGUAGCCCCGCCACCGCUGCCGCCGUUGCCGCCGGCUGAUGAGACUGAAACGGUUACUACGCUGCCGGAUGUUGUUAGUUCGAUGCGUGGUGAUUUGUUUGUUGAUUUCUUGAUUACUUUUCUUGUUGGUGUUUUGGUUGUGUGUGUGAUGAAUUGAGAUCUUGUUCAGUUUCAAGAUUGUAUUCAUUUUGAUUUCUUAGAUUUGUUAAAGCUUGUUUCGUCUUCUUGAUAA